CCGCCUCUCACACUUCCAUUUUGCUCCUCGCCGCCUCGCACGCUGCCGAGCUCGCGUUCGCUUGCUGGGAACAGGGAAAUGGCCUGCGAAGGGGUGCUUCUGGGGAUGGGGAAUCCCCUCCUCGACAUCUCUGCCGUCGUCGACGACGAGUUCCUCAGCAGGUUUGGCAUUAAGUUGAAUGAUGCAAUUCUUGCAGAGGAAAAACAUUUGCCAAUGUAUGAUGAGUUAUCUACAAAAUACAAUGUUGAAUAUAUUGCUGGAGGGGCUACGCAGAAUUCAAUCAGGGUUGCUCAGUGGAUGCUUCAAAUUCCUGGUGCAACAAGCUAUAUGGGAUGCAUUGGAAAGGAUAAGUUUGGAGAGGAAAUGAAGAAGAACUCGAAAGCAGCAGGUGUUAAUGUUCAUUACUAUGAGGAUGAAACUGCCCCCACUGGUACAUGUGCAGUCUGUGUUGUUGGUGGUGAGAGGUCCUUAGUUGCUAAUUUGUCUGCAGCGAAUUGCUAUAAAAUCGAACACCUAAAGAGACCAGAAAACUUUGCAUUGGUUGAAAAGGCCAAGUACAUUUACAUAGCUGGUUUUUUCCUCACGGUGUCUCCUGAUUCUAUUCAACUUGUAGCUGAGCAUGCUGCUGCCAAUAACAAGGUGUUCAUGAUGAACCUUUCUGCUCCUUUCAUCUGUGAAUUCUUCCGAGGUGUUCAAGAGAAAGCUCUGCCGUAUGUAGAUUAUGUAUUUGGGAAUGAAACUGAAGCAAGGACCUUUGCAAGAGUUCGCGGUUGGGAGACUGAGAAUGUUGAGGAGAUUGCUUUAAAGAUCUCAGCAUUACCAAAGGCAUCAGGAACUCACAAAAGAAUUACUGUUAUCACUCAAGGUUGUGAUCCAGUAGUUGUCGCUGAGGAUGGAAAGGUGAGAUUGUUCCCAGUGAUCCUAUUGCCAAAGGAGAAGCUGGUUGAUACCAAUGGUGCAGGUGAUGCAUUUGUUGGAGGAUUCUUGUCCCAGUUGGUUCAAGAAAAGAGCAUCGAGGACUGCGUAAGAGCCGGUUGUUAUGCCGCAAAUGUGAUAAUUCAGAGGUCAGGCUGCACUUACCCAGAGAAGCCUGAUUUUAAGUGAACCUCCCUGGUGGUUUUGCCGCAGCAAACUAUGCCAGUCAUCGAUCCUACCUUUUAUUUUUCAGAAUGAUAAUAAUGUCUAUCCCUUAUGCUGUUUUGUGUUUCCAAACUGGUUACUGUCAUUCGGCUGCCAUUAUUAGAUGAUGGUGAGGGCAAUAUUUUCCAAAUUUUCAGGCAUUAUAUUUCCCUAUUAAGCAAUCAUUAUUCAUCGGUGCAUUGUACUAGCAUUUUUGUUGCUUUAUCAUGGGACUAAUAUCUAAUCAUUAAGAGAAUCUUUAUCUA